GGAGGAGAGACCCCGCGGCUCCCACCCUGUUGAUUUCUGUCAGCGGGCUACGACAUAGCAACGGCCCGCGUCUGCUUCCCUACGUGUCCACCAAUAACUGCUCUGUGAUCAGCUCUAAGCAAAUCCAGUAACGUGUCAGAAAAUGGGGAUUGACUCUGGAGUCAAUAUUUCAGAUGAUUUUGCACCUUAUGGGGGAAAAAGUGCCUUUACCCAACUGGAGCACAACAUCGUGGCAGGAUAUCUCAUUACUGCAGGUGUGAUUAGUUUGGCGAGCAACAUAGUGGUGCUGCUAAUGUUUGUGAAGUUUAGGGAGCUCCGCACGGCCACCAACUUCAUUAUAAUCAACUUGGCUUUUACUGACAUCGGAGUGGCUGGUAUUGGCUAUCCCAUGUCAGCUGCCUCAGACAUCCACGGCAGCUGGAAAUUUGGCUACACUGGUUGUCAGAUCUAUGCAGCUCUCAACAUCUUCUUUGGCAUGGCCAGUAUCGGCCUGCUGACUGUGGUGGCCAUUGACCGCUACCUCACCAUCUGCAGACCAGACAUAGGGCAGAAAAUGACGAUGCGAUCUUACAACCUUCUCAUUCUGUCGGCAUGGCUGAAUGCUGUGUUCUGGUCCUCCAUGCCCAUAGUGGGCUGGGCUGGUUAUGCCCCUGACCCCACUGGAGCUACAUGCACCAUCAACUGGAGACAGAAUGAUGCCUCCUUCAUCUCUUAUACUAUGGCAGUGAUUGCUGUGAACUUCGUGGUGCCUCUGUCUGUCAUGGUUUACUGCUACUACAAUGUGUCGGUCACUGUGAAGAGAUACAAAGCCAGCAACUGCUUGGACAGUAUGAACAUCGACUGGUCAGAUCAGAUGGAUGUCACCAAGAUGUCCAUAGUGAUGAUUGUCAUGUUCCUGGUGGCCUGGUCCCCUUACUCCUUGGUGUGCCUCUGGGCAUCAUUUGGUGACCCCAAGACUAUCCCUGCUCCCAUGGCUAUCAUCGCUCCACUUUUUGCAAAGUCCUCCACCUUUUACAACCCCUGCAUUUAUGUUAUUGCAAACAAAAAGUUCAGAAGGGCCAUCAUAGGGAUGAUCCGAUGUCAAACCAGGCAGCGAAUCACCAUCAAUACCCAGGUUCCCAUGACAACCUCCCAACAACCUCUGACCUAUUGAGGUGAAACUGCAUAUCACGUUAUAUAAUAUACCCAGGAUUUAGAACAGUGUAUAGAAAGUUUCUAAGAUGAAAUGAAUCACCAUCAGUGUUUCGACUGUAGCUCCUGUUCUGCUGUAUAAUCUAAAGCUGUGGUGUUUACUGUGUAAAUUCCACUUGCUUUCCCAUUGUAGACUUUAUUUGUGUUCCAGUUGCUUCAAUAGCAAACUGACGAUGAAAAUCUCUCUGUACAUGGACUGCAUUCUUCAACUGUGUGACAGAAUCAAAUUAGAUCAUGGAAGCAGAAAUGCCCCUGAUGUUGUCUAACUCUGCAUAUCCACAGCAGUCUUACAUGGGCUGUUGCUUUUCUCACAAUGGUUAGAGUAAAGCUACACAUAUGUGCAAGUAGGCUAGAUUUGAUUAUUUUAUUUUAAAAAAUGCAGUAGUAAGUAGAAAUAGUACUCAUCAAACAUACAAGGAUCUUAAAAUUUUACUUAAGUAAACUUGAGUAAAUGUUCUACCGCUGUUGACUGAUAUUGCUGUGAAAGCCUCGUUUCUGCCAGUGUCAAGAUUACAUAAGUAAAGGUACUGAUGCACACAAUGUCUUUUUUAUUAAAAAUGUAUUCAUUAAUCUCCAACAAACACUACACUUAUAUCAUUGCAUACAAAUACAAAUAAACGUGUGUAUUUAUUUUGUGUGCUGCACACCAAGAGCACUUUAGGAAACCAGGUGAGAUUAGGGAGAAUGGGUCAUGAUAAAGGUGGGCCUGACAAUCAGAGCAGAAGUCUCACUGAGCCACAUAAUAAAAGCCAGUGUCUUUGUCCAUGAGGAUUCCAGCACCUGAGAAAAAGUCAUUUUGAUUUAAUUUAACGCAAUGUUUUCUUGGGAUGUGACAAAAUACCCAAUUUGAAGGUAUCGCGAUAAAACAAAAUUGAGCAAAAGCAUUAUGGGACUGUGAUAAUAUCUACCAGCCUGUCAUGGGGUUAGUUUGCUCGUCGGGAUCUUACAAGGGAAAUCGGUACGAAUGCACUCUGCCAUCUGUCCUUGUCAUUGUAUUGGUCUGUUUGAACAGCAGAGGGCGCAGUCAUACUGCUCAAGAAGACAGAGUUCUUACAAGACCUCUUCAGGUGGAGCGAGCAAGGCUGUCUGUCCACUGGGCUGUCCUGUCGCUGCUCCGCCACUUGUCCUGUCUGCUUCACCGAGCAAGCCCAGAGACACUGCAGCUGCGAAAGUCCAGGCAAUAUCAUCAUAUACAGUUGUAUGUUUUUCAUUUGUACAUAGUCCAAUAGCUACUUUUCACACAUAAUUGUAUUACACUAAAGAAGGACAAAAGUAGUACCUAUAGUAAAACAAAUUGUAUACAAAUAAUAAAUGCUGUACACAUCACAUUUAUUAUUAAAGGACAUUGUUCAGGUCAUCUUUUCUUUUCUUGUUUUUGAUAUAGUGAUAAAUAUCGCACCGAGGACUAUAUAUCAGGACGAUAUUGUACCAUGAGUUUUUGGUAUCAUCACAUC